AUCAAUCCAAGACAACAAAAAUGGGUGCUCAAACUUUCACAACCCCAACUUCAAACUCACACCAUGUUCUCACAUUUCUUCUCCCAAUUCUUCUACUCAUCAUCAUGACAAACAUGCAAACAACCGUCGCAACCUCCUCUUCCUCUCAAACCUACAAAACCUACGUCAAAACCGCCUGCAAUUCAACCACAUACCCACUCAUUUGCUACCAAUCCCUUUCCUCGUACGCUUCCAAAAUCAAAUCUAACCCUCGAAAGCUUUGCAUCUAUGCCCUCUCCGUGACCCUACAAGCAUCGAAAAACGCCUCUUCUGCCGUGUCAAAACUGUCUAAGAGGGGAGGACUAACCCCAACGGAGAAAGGGGUCAUUAACGAUUGCUUAGAAAAUAUUAAGGAAUCCAUCGACGAGCUAAAAGAUUCGGUCAGUUCAAUGAACAAUUUGGGGGUCAAGGGUGCUGAUGUGCAAACUCAGUUAGAUGAUAUUAAGACUUGGGCCAGUGCCGUCAUCACAGACGACGUUACUUGCACUGAUGGAUUCGAUGGUCUGAAGGUAAGCACGGCGGUUAAGACCCCCAUCAACAAUAGCAUUGUGUAUGUUGCUAGGUUAGCUAGCAAUGCUCUGUCGCUCAUCGACAGCCUCAGCUACUAGUGCAAUUAAUUAAAGCACCCCUGUAAUUCCUUGACUCUAUCUAUUUUCUUUUUGGUAUUUAACUUUUAUAUUGAUGAUAGUUUAUAGAUUGUUACAAUUUCUGUUGUGGUUGUUUAUGUAAUUAAAAGCUGUUUGAAAUGGUUUUGCUGUAAUUUGCUGGAAGAGUGGUGUGUAUAAUACUAUUAUUAUAUGUAAUAUGUUAAGGGCGAGCGUUGAGAAA